GUUCUGCUUUGGUCCUGCCAUUCAUAUCGCAAGUCUUUAUUCUUUGAUGUGAAGCAAUUUUGUUCUGUUGAGAGUCCUUCAGCUCGCCAAACAUUGCAGGAUCAGCAUGGGUAAAAUUAUGAAGCCAGGCAAGGUUGUCCUUGUCCUUCGAGGAAAGUAUGCCGGUAGGAAAGCCCUUGUUGUAAAAGCUCAAGAUGAAGGCGGUGCUGAUAGGGCGUAUCCUCAUGCUAUCAUUGCUGGUAUCGACAAGUACCCAUUGAAGGUCACGAAAAGCAUGGGAAAAAAGAAACAAGAAAAACGAAAUAAGUUGAAGCCGUUUGUGAAGGUCGUUUCCUACAGUCACCUCCUCCCUACGCGAUACUCUGUAGAUGUUGCUUUCGAUAAGGCUAACAUCAAUAAGGAGUCAUUGAAAAUCCCCAAAAAGAAGAGGUGCGCACUUGCCGAAAUCAAGUCAAAGUUUGAGGAACGCUACAAAACCGGCAAGAACAAAUGGUUCUUUACGAAGUUGCGUUUCUAA